AUGCCAACGUCGCUCGAGUCCGCCCGCCCAAUCAUGGCUGCGUCUGCCCGUACAUCAGUCCGCAUGAGCACAUACAGCAUGGCGCCAUCAUACUCCCCCACCGUCCAGACCACAGACUCGGCCACGGCUGAGAUCACCGACAUCGAGAAGGGCCUGCAGCGCAUGGAGAACAAGGCCCUGACCCAGCAGCGUGUCGUCCUGAGCGAAGAGAAGUGGGCCAGCAUGUCCAAACUAGCCCUCGGCGCCAAGCUCGAUCGUGCUCUCGACCGGAGGAUGACGAGCCAGGACGCCGUCAUGCGGAAGCGCACUAGCGGGUCGGCCGUUGCCAUCUCGCUUCCCACCACCUCCAGCGCCGCUAGCGAGAAGGAGAAGGCAUAA